UCUCUUUCUUUCUGCUCUGUUCUCGAAUGACAUCGCGCGCUCGCGUCUAUAAGGACGUCAACGUGCACCGUCCGCGCGAGUACUGGGACUACGAGUCGCUUGUGAUUCAAUGGGGGUCGCAGGAAAAGUACCAGAUCGUCCGCAAGAUCGGCCGUGGCAAGUACAGCGAGGUGUUCGAGGGCAUCAACAUCACCAACGACGCCAAGUGCGUCAUCAAAAUCUUGAAGCCCGUCAAGAAGAAGAAGAUCAAGCGUGAAAUCAAAAUCCUCCAAAACCUGUGCGGAGGCACCAACAUCAUCUCGUUGUACGAUGUUGUGAAGGAUCAGCAGUCCAAAAUCCCGUCACUCGUGUUUGAGCAUGUCGACAACGUCGACUUCAAGGUGUUGUACCCAACACUGAGCGAUUACGACAUUCGCUUCUACUUGUACGAGCUGGUGAAGGCCCUUGAUUUCUGCCACUCGAACGGCAUCAUGCACCGUGAUGUCAAGCCGCACAAUGUCAUGAUUGACCACACCAAGCGCCAGCUGCGCUUGAUCGACUGGGGCUUGGCAGAGUUCUACCACCCUGGCCGCGAGUAUAACGUUCGCGUCGCCUCUCGCUACUUUAAGGGCCCUGAGCUUUUGGUCGACUUCCAGGAGUACGAUUAUUCGCUUGACAUGUGGAGCCUCGGCUGCAUGUUUGCCAGCAUGAUCUUCCGCAAAGAGCCCUUCUUCCAUGGUCAUGAUAACUAUGAUCAAUUGAUCAAAAUCGCCAAGGUCCUCGGCACGGACGAGCUUUUCGCCUAUCUCGACAAAUACAACAUCAACUUGGGCGCCCACUACGACAACAUUCUGGGCCGGUAUCCCCGCAAAUCAUGGGAUAAGUUUGUCACUGCUGAUAACAAGCGUUUCAUUACUCCCGAAGCCCUGGAUUUGCUCGAUAAGCUUCUACGAUACGAUCACGCCCAACGCAUUACUGCGCCCGAAGCCCUCCAACACCCUUACUUCCACCCUGUUAUUCGAGCUGCCGGAGCCAGCGGGUCGAACGCAGCCAGCAGCAGCAACAGCAGCGGCGGCAGCAGCAGCAGCGCCGCUGCGCCAGAGUCGACUCAAGCAUAAUGCCACCAAGUAUGAUUGCAUUGACAGCGUGUGCAAAUGUCCGGCCUUUUUGUGUUUUCUUUUUCCCAAAUGCCAAUCGAAUCUUAAUCGCA